AUGGCUCGCGGCGACCAACAGGGCAGGAAUGCGGACGGCUCAGGUCCCGGACCUUCUUCUUCUUCCGGUCAGAACCCGGAGGAGCCGGAGGAGCAUCGAGUGGGUGAACCACGCGAACCCAGAAACUUCCGGCCGACCUUGGGCGAUCGGUUUUUUGAACUGACGCGAAAAAAGAUUUCGCAGAAAAGGAAUCGAUUCGUCUAUCAGGGAAUAAACUUGGACCUGGCUUGUUAGUUUCUGAAGACAAGAAGAUGCUUAACUGAAAAUUUGUAGACAUCACUGACCGAAUCAUCGCAAUGGGAUAUCCGUCGGAGGGCGUCGAAGCGUGCUACCGCAACACAAUGCAGCACACCACCGAGUUUCUGCGGCGGCGCCACGGCGUGAAUCACGUGAAGGUGUUCAAUUUGCGCGGCGGAUGCUUCUACGACACGUCGAACUUCCAACACAACGUGAUCACCUUCGACAUGACCGAUCAUCAUCCGCCACGUCUCGAGUUGAUGGCUCCGUUCUGCAGAGAGGUAAGAAUCAUCAGUGAAGUGGAGCGCCUAACUAAUGAUAAAUCCAGGCGUACGAAUGGCUGGAAGCGAACGAGGCGAACGUAAUCGCAGUGCACUGUAAAGCGGGAAAAGGCCGGACGGGAGUGAUGAUCUGCGCGUUCCUCAUUUACAUCCAGUACUACCGGCUUCCCCGUCAAGUGCUCGACUACUACUCGAUCGUUCGCACCAAGAACAACAAGGGAGUGACGAUUCCGUCGCAACGGCGCUACAUUUACUACUACAACGUGCUCCGCGAGCAGCAGCUCAACUACUUCCCGCUUCGGAUGCAACUUCUCGGAGUCUACGUGGAGAAACCGCCAUUGACCAGCUUCUUUGGGUCCAAGAUUCGGAUCAAGGUGAGCAACGGAUCGACGGACGUCUUCCAGCCGGAGGAUAUGUCGAUUUACGGACAUUCGUGGACCGAAGAAUACUGGUCGUGGCGCGGCAGAAGUCGACUUAACAGUCGAUGCGACGAGCUGAACAUGGAGACUCAAGUCGGAGUGGUUUCCAACAGAGCCUACUGUUUCAUGGUGCCUCCGGAAAGUCCAGUUUUCGUCGAAGGAGACGUUCGCGUCGAUCUCAUCGCGCCAGAGUCUGGCUGGUUCCGAAGGUACGAGAAGAUCGGACAUGUCUGGUUCAAUACAAUGUUCGCGUGCAAAGGCAGCUGCAAAGUAGAUUUCCAGUACGGUGACCAGGAAUGGCCGUAUAAAGAGGGCGAAACUUCCAUUGCCAAGGAAGAGUUGGGUGAGCAUCGUAAACGAAUCCCCGAAAAAGUUGAACGAACUCAUCCGGAAGGACGGAAGCUAAGCCAGGAGGAGGAGGAAGAGGAGGAGAAUCCAGAUGUCGAACGCGAGUGGAAGGAUCCUGUUUCGAAGGAAGAGAUGGGAAGACUGAAGCUCAUCAAACCGCCCGGACUCAGCGAGCACGCCACCGAGGAUUGCGUCACCAAGAUCUACGAGAAUUACGGAAUGGCUCCGUGAGUUUAAGAGAUACCUAAUUGCUUUGAAACUUGAAAAAGUCAAUUUCAGACCUCGUGAACGCAUUUGCAAUUCGCUCCACCUGGCUCACAAAAAAAAUAUAGUUCGCGACGUGUACGGAGAGCGCAAAAGUCAAGAGAUAGAUAUGCCCGACAUUGUUCUGCAAGGCAUCAACCGGGAACCGAGAGGAGUCGACGGCCCGAUUCGUAUUGUUUACGAGAAGGGCACACAUGUUCUCACGUUCCCCGUCUACGAAAUGGAUCGAGCUCUAAAAAACAAAGAACUGGACGUCGGACUUCGCUUGCACGUCGUGCUCAAAUGCAUCUCCGACUCAGAUGUGGUGCAGCGCUCGAGGAGCGACGUCUUCUGCAACACGGUGUUCAAUGCGGCCGAGACUCGGAUUGCUCAGGCUGCGGUCGGACGUCCGGUGCCAGAUCCGAUUCCCAAUGCGACUGGCGCCGAGAAGGCGAUGCCGCCGGCGGUAAUGUACGCUGAUCAGCAAGGCGGAUACAACGGAAGAGCCCAUCCGAAUCUGGGCACUCAGGAGUUCGACACGAACGAUUUGGCAAGACAAUUGAGGUGGUGCCGCUUCUUCUACAGACAACGCGACCAAUCGCCGAGCAAAUAUCCGCACGAGGUCCAUACGUGAGUGUUUUUACCCAGAAAAUGAACGAUGCUAUUCAAAUUACUCGUUUUUCAGAUGUGCUCUCACUCAGCAGUCGUUCAAUUUGCGACGCAGACCCGGAACAGACGAUGACGACGUGCAGCCGAGAAGAAGCGCAAGGGGCGGUCGUUCGUCGGAAGGCGGCGAGUCUCCUCCGGACAGCGCACCGAGCGCUCCGUCUGCUUCCUCGGCCCGGCCUGAUUCCUCGACGGAUGAUUCCAAAUUGUCCCAUCAGCUUCGUGGGAUGACCAUGAACGUGACGUUGGCCGAGGAGGAGGACUUUCGACUCUCAGGCGAUGAUGACAGCGACUUUGACGAGCAGGAUGAGCCGUACGAGGUGCCACGCAAGGUGAAGGGAAACUUCUCGUUGGAGGAGGUCAAGGAACGGAUGAGAGGAUUGGCGACGGCGCAGAGGAAAAUGGACGAGCAGUAUCUGGAGAAGAAGUCCGGAGAGCUUCUGAGAGUCGACAGACAGACGGAGGUAAGGAGGACUUCAUCAUCUGGAUGAUCACCAAGUGGUAAAAAGGAACAAAAAACAUUCAAAUUUCUAGGAAAGUGACUCGGCGAUUGCCUCCUGCUCCAGCUCCUGCAGCUCCAGUAACAAUAUUAUAGUCUUCUGAAUCUAAAUUAUUCACUUUCUAGACUUAUUUUAUUCUUUACUCUGAGUAUUCCUACUAUUAUAAACUUACGACAGGUAGUACCUUCCUUACACUUUUCUUUCUUCCCAAUCAACUGAUUUUGUUUCAGGUUUACAACGAUGAUGACGAGGAAUCCUACCCGCUCUCCGUCGGCCUUUUCCGAAGCGAUCUUCUGGAGUUCGACGAAAAGGAACAUGCUGAGGCGCUGGACAAACUGAACGAGCUCAAGCAGGAAAUGUCGGCGUUCAAUGCUAAUGUUGAGCGAGUGAAAGUGGAUGAACAGGUCACCGAUGACGGGUUGGAUUAUUUGGCGGAGAUGCUCGACACUUUGGAGAUCGACGAAGAACGGGAGCAUCAGGAGAAGCUGGAUAGAGACAGACAUCUAACAUCCCAGAAAGCAGUGCAAUUGGCCGUCGACAGUUGGGCAAAAUCGGAAGAAUCGCAUCUUAAUAACAACAAGGAGCCGACGGGAAUGUCGACUUUCCAGAAUGAAGAGAAACGACGUCUCGAGCUGCUUCACUCGAAGAGCGGCACUCUCCGUUUCGUGACCGGAUGGCACAACAAGCAGCCACAUCAGUACACGCGCGAGGAGACAAAGUUCGCGAGAAGUGAGGAUGCGCAAGCGAUCGAGCUCAAGGACUACGUGAAGAAUAAGUUCCCGAUGUCGUCGAAAAUGAUGUGGACGAUGAAAGCGAAUCAUGAGAAGGCGCGGAAAAUGUACGAGAAGUGCAAAAAACUGCUCGCCAAAUCUCAAUAA